AUGUCGUCCAGUCUACUUAACGCUAUCAAAUACCUCGUGCCCCUUCAGUUGGAAGACCUCAACUACCUUUCGGCUCUCCUGCUGAUACCAGUACCCAUCUUGUUGGCCUAUGUAAUUCCUUAUCUCAGGGAUCCUUACAAUCAACGGAGCAUACCGGGACCAUUCCUUGCCCGCUUUUCAGAUAUCUGGCUAGGCUGGGUAGCGAGUCAAGGUCAUCGCUCAGACGUUGUACAUCAGUUGCAUAACAAAUAUGGAACCUUCGUGCGUCUUGCACCAAAUCACAUCUCUAUUGCCGACCCGGACGCACUGCAAAUUGUAUAUGCCCAUGGCAGCGGCAGCCUGAAAUCCAACUUUUAUGACGCCUUCGUCUCCAUUCACCGUGGUUUAUUCAACACUAGGGACCGCGCUGACCAUUCCCGUAAGCGCAAGAUUGUCGCUCACGUCUUUUCGCAAAAGAAUGUGUUGGAGUUCGAGCCUUCUGUCCGUCUCUAUGUCGGCCAGUUCAUGAACCAGUGGGACCGUUUAUCCGAUGAAGCCCUGAAAAACCAAUCUGGAACCGAGGGAGAGGGUGGUUGGUUUGGCAAGGGAGGCCGUUUGUGGCUUGACUGCCUUCCAUGGUACAACUAUCUGGCGUUCGAUAUCAUCGGCGACUUGGCAUUCGGAUCGCCGUUCGGAAUGGUCCUGAACGCUAAGGACUCUGCACCUGUUGCUAUUUCACAGAAAGAUGCAAUGAACUCCUACGGAUCACAGAAUGAGUGUGCAUAUGUCGAUAUCCCUGCCGUUCAGAUUCUUAACGAUCGGGGGGAGUUCUCGGCUUCUAUGGGCGUUCUACCUCCCGCGUGGCGACGCUGGGUUCUUCUGCUUCCCUGGUACCGCAAAGGUGGAAUAGCUGUCAAGAAUUUGGCUGGUCUCGCAGUCGCUGCUGUCGCCAAACGUUUCACCACUCCAACGGACCGCGUCGAUCUCUUGAGUAAGCUGCAAGAGGGACGCGAUGAUGAAGGAAAUCUCAUGGGCAAAGAAGAGCUCACCGCAGAGGCCCUCACUCAGCUUAUUGCCGGUUCCGACACUACUUCUAACUCGUCAUGUGCUAUCACAUAUUACCUUGCUGCCAAUCUCAUCGAAGAUGAAUACGUUUCGACAUAUGAACAGGUCAAACAUCUACCUUAUCUGGAAGCUGUUAUCAAUGAAGCCUUGCGUAUUCAUUCGACAUCUUCCCUGGGUCUUCCUCGUGUAGUUCCCGAAGGAGGUUUGACCAUCCAAGGCAUUCAUUUCCCACAGGGCGCUGUUUUGAGCGUCCCAAGUUACACGAUUCAUAGGAACACCAGAGUGUGGGGAGAAGACGCGGAUGUAUUCCGUCCAGAGAGGUGGUUUGAGCGUGAUCAUGCCACUCUGCAAAAAACCUUCAAUCCGUUUUCCUAUGGGCCCAGAGCAUGUGUGGGACGUAACCUUGCGUCCAUGGAGCUAUUAAUUAUCAUCUCCUCUGUUCUCCGGCGCUACGAAUUCGUCCUGGCCGACCCGGAUAAAGUGUUUGACACGCGGGAAGGUUUUCUGCGAAAGCCUGUGGAGUGCCGGGUGGGAAUCAAGCGUCGGCAGUGA